CUCUGCCUGUGCCGUUCGGCCUCUUUUGUGUGUGCGUGUGUCACAAUCCAUCGAACCAUCCAUCCCUCCCUCUGCUCGCAUCCCAUCCAGCCACCACGUUUUUCAGCUCCCCCUGAGAGAAUUGGUCAAGAGAGAGAGAAAAAAAAAGAGGCACAGUUCCCUGAUGAUGAUUAAUUGAAACAAGAAAAUCGUAAUCCUAUUCCCCGUUUCGAGCACACACUGCCAUAUCCGCUUUCGGUCUUUGUAGAGUUUCUAUUUUCACUUACACACAUGCACACACACACACCAUCGCGAGGAGGCAAAGGGGCACGGGAAACAACCCACGCCGCUCGUUCCCUUUCUUUUCCUGUCCCUUCUCGUUUCCCUUUGCCCCUCGCCCCCAAACUCAAUACACACAGCACGGCAUGUAUGUAUGAUACCGGUCAUACCAUACCCACCCCUGCCUCAAGAAACAACAGCAAGAAAAGAGAGAGAGGUGAUAGACAGAGGGUGCUUGUUACAAACAUACGCGAUCGCCUAGCCUGCGCUAGAUUUGCCGCGAAACGGCCACACACACACACGCACACACGCACAGUGUCGUGCCCUGCCCUGCCCUUCAAACCCUGUGUGCGUGCGUGCGUGCGUUUUGCACGAUGUGAUGCGAUACGAUGCGAUGCGCCUGGAAAAGGGUGUGUUCUUUGGUUUCGUUUUGCCUACAUAGUAUUUUGUGUGACCAAUAAACAUCAAACCUUCGAGUCUUUCUCCCUGUGUGUCUUGUCUCUUCGAACAUAUCCCUUGUGGUUCUAUUUUUUCGAAGAAGGCCGAGAUAGGUGCCCUCUCGACACACAGAUGUUACCUUCCCACACAGACACGGGAGCGAACGGACGGGGGAGAGAUAGAUAGAUAGAUCUGCCAUGCUUGGUUCAUGCAACACAGGGGGGGUUCUGUUAUGAAAGGAGCUCGAACCAGGGAUUGACUGACUGGGUGAGUGAAUGAUGGAGAGAAAGAGAAAAGAGAAAAGAGGCAGUGAGCCAGCCAGCCCUCAGCUCCCCCCGCUGGUGAUCGACAAUCGCUUGCUCGCGUCUCCCGCGGUUGAGCGUUC